CUGUAUACCUGGCGUUCAUUUACCCUGCCUCGCUCCCUCAGUCUCCACACUCGCCGAAAUACUCCCUGGUGAAGGGAAGCAGAACAUAAACUACCACAGAAAUUGUGAGGGGCACGUAACUGAAGGACUUGCUAUUGUGAGAACCUGACAGUGACAGCUUGACAGCUGAGAAACGAAUGCUGAUUGGUUUUCCUCGUGAGUGUAAGGAUAGAAAACUUUAUAGUAACGAAUUGGAAUUUAAUUUAAAGUGAUUAUAAUAAAGAAAUAAUAGUGGUAAGGUGGGCGUGCUGUGAGGUGAAUACCUCGCAGAGAAAUGAGGCUACGUUAGCCAGGCAGAGAGGAGUGGCACCCACCCAGGAUGUGCCUCAACAUGACAGUGUGUUGCAGUAAUUACCCGUGACGCCCUUGAACCAUUCACUGUGGGACACACUAGUGUUAUAGUUGACCCACGCACACACACUGCACACAGUUUCUCGCCAAUCUAACAACUUAAAGCUGCUUUUUGCAAACAUUACAUGAAGACAACCUUUAGGCAAGCAUAAUUAUUGUGCCAAGCAGUUUCCUUGCUAACUACGCUAUUUUCAAGAUACUUUACUGAACUCUCUACCAUUAAGGCAGCUUAUCCCUAAUUUAGCUACAUCUAAGACAUAAAGUAGAUUCUUGCUAACGUAACUGCAAGUUCAAGUGUAUCUUUAAUCUCCACACGUAAAACACCUUUGCCAUAUCAACUCGACCUCUUCACUAAUCUAUCUAGGUAACAAAUUUGCCACAAACGUAACAAACUGGUAAAAGUUUAAUACUCUUAAGUGGCCUUAAAUAUAUCAAUGUAUUAGAAUUCUACUAAAUGUGUGAUUUGGGCAUAAAAGUGUAAAAUGACAAUUUAACAUGGAAAAACAGAAGUGUAACACAGGCAGGAAGUACACUUUGUAUGAGAUGACUGGAUAAAUAAGAAGGUCUGACACAAUAUACCGUACAGCCACAGUGUAUACAGCUGUCACCGCUGCCACAUCUGCGCGCCUCUCCCUUUAUUGUUGAGAUAGAAGUCUCCACCACCACCACCCCACCACCCCCAGCACUACUAGCUCUGCAGCCUACCACUACCACAUCACCACCACCACACCUAAAAUCAUGAAACCUCGGCCCAGUAAGCGUGUGGCCUUCGUGGGUGUUCCGACAUCACAGGAGGCAAAAAGAGACACGCCUAUUCACCAAGAUCUGACUGAGGAAGAGGAAGAGGAGGAGGGAGAACACACAAGGCGACCCAGCUGUAUGUUUACGGCCUGGAACGAGCUGGUAAUAUGGUUCUCCGUGACCUUCUACGUGGCUGACCUGUGCCUGGACCUGUGGGUGUGUGCGGCCCACUUCGACGCUGGCCGCCCCAGGUCCGCUUGGUUCAUCUUCUUCUGUAUCCUCCUACCCAACCUCUACGCUGGCUACAAGUCUCUGCAGUGGUACCUGAGGGCCCAUGAGAUACUUCCCAUCAGGAGGCCAUCAGUCUGGAUCAUCCGGGUCCUCUUCUUCCCUAUUAGCCCCAUCCUGAGAUACAUGGAUGCAUGGAUCUAUGGUCGACGAGCACGUCAGAACUGGCACAACCACAACUUGGCACAGGAGCGUAAGAACUUCGAGAACUACCUGGUGGAGAAUGCUGAGGUUGCCCUUCUGAGGCUGGUGAUCAUCUUCCUUGAGGAUGCUCCCAUUGUGGUACUCAACCUGGCUCAGCUCCUUGAGACACCUCCUGGCAUGUGGGCCAUGAUUCCUGAGGGUAAGCCUGAUCCUGAGAUUGUGAGAUUUGGGUCAGUAAUAGCCAAAUUGUCAUGCACCAUGACACUGGGUGUUGUACACUACAUGUCAUGCAACAAGUUGGCAUGGCACCUGGCCAACUCCCAGGGCAAGAAAACUCAGGAUGCAGACUCCCCUUCUACCAAAGACACCUGGGAGAAUAAUAAAGGGGUGCUAUCCUGGACUGCUGAGGUCACCAUAUACUGUUGGCAACUGUUGGCUAUCACCUCCAGAGUGGUAGCCUAUGCCUUAUUCUGGGUGGUGCACUUUGGUUUGCUGUGGGUGCCUAUCUUGGUCCGCUGGAUGCUGCACACACUCUGGAUCUACUUUGACGUCGCCGAGAUGUCUCUUGUGAACUCCAUUGCCUUUGGGGGAGUUUACCUGUUCUCCUUCGUCACGACUUCACCGGGACGUCAGAUCCUGCGUAUCACACUGUACUAUGUGAUAACCUUCGGGGAGCACAUAAUCAUUGCCAUCAUCUGGCACUUUGGUGCUCCUGACAACUACUUCCAUACCUAUGGCAUUGGAGUAAUGUUUGGAGGAACUGCAGGUGGGGUUCUUUUCUUGACUCUCUACUACAGCUGCUGCCACCCAGACAAGGAGACAGUCUGGAUACGGCAGAAACUGAGGGAAGUACAAGAGAAGGCGAGAGCAAGAAGAGAGAGCCGUACAGCUGAUCAACUUGAGUUACCUUAACCAUUACUACUACGCACUGUCAUUCAUUUUUACAGUUUAUGGGAAUUUGUGCAAAUAGCUGUAGGGAUAUAUGAUGCCCUAAUUCUGGUCAUAUUUAGAUUAAGAUGUCAAACUUUCAUAAGUGUUUUCAUUCAUACUGUGUUUAUGUUUAUGAGUAAGUCUGAGGCAUUGAUUUAUUUAUAUUACGCAGGGUAUUUAUGUAAAAUUUAUGCAUGGCAGUAUUUAAUGAUCCAACAGAGUCUGCCAUGAUAUUAAACUGAUUUUUAAGAGCAUAUCAUGAUGUGGUAGAGUAUGUUGUAGAGUAAACAGUACAAGUAGAAUCGCUUCACCUGGAAUAAGGAGAUUUAGUCAGUCUAUUGUGUAUACAGAAACAUUUACCGACUCUCUCGAGGCAUUAUACUCCUUACUACAGAUAUUCACCAGAAGACGGCAAAGACUGGAUGAUAUUGAAACCAUAUCUUAUUUUCUCUAGUGGGGGUCAUAGUACCUACUUCAGUUGCCCCAAAUGUGUAUCUGAGUGGUGCUGGAAUGUGUUCAUAGUAUCAAUAAUAAGUGCCUUGUUUGUCUACCUUAGAGACUAUAGACUGUAUUGUUAACAUUUCACACACUACAGGUUAUAGUCUUUACACCAGUACAUGUGUUCACUGAUGACUACUACACCUACCUGUGACCUUUCAGCACAGUAAUUGUGAAAAAUAGAGAGGGAACAAUGAGGUUACUGGUAGUUGUGGGUUGAAGUCUUAAGUCUGAUAGUCAGAUGUGGCAGAUGUACAUUAUAGUUAAGUGCUUACAGUAUAAAUAAUAUUGUGUGCAGUAUAUUUAUGUCAUUAAUGGCAAGACAAAGACUAGAAAAUUAUUGUCACUUAAGUGCAUUUUUUGUCAAAAUGACCAAAUAUGUGUCAGAAUCAUUACUAAAUCCUUUCUGCUGAUUCAUAGGAAAGUUACCUAUUUAUAUCAAACCUUACAGUAUGUGCUUCGGUUCAUUGCAGUCAUAAAUAGUGCAACAAUAAUACAAACAACUUUUUAUAGUGUUCUCACAAUACAUAAUGAAAGAAACGUAUAAAACUGUUGCCAUCUUUGAGUGUUCAAUAAACAGUACUGGUAAAUGAGAGCAGUGGCUCCCUUAGGGCAAAACAACACCUACAGUGUUAAUGGCUAACUCUUCUGAGAUAAUUAGUUCAAGUAUCAAGUGAAUGGUACAAAAAAAAAACAGGAAAUUCCUCUUGGAUUUCCAUAUGUAUCAAACAUAUAUGACCUCGCAUGUAUGUAGAGCUAAAUAUAUUCUUGUAACGUUUGGAUAUUGUGUGUAGCGUAUGUUUGAAUGACAAGUGGAUAACAGUGGUGAGAUUCUUGAUGAAAAUAAUAUACAAUUAAACAAAUUGAAAUAAUAUAUAAUACUGUAUACAGUAUAUGCAUAAAUAUAAAUUUUUUCCCCAUUUACAAAAGGUUCUUCAUGCUACAAUGGUUAGGCUAGUGUGGAUCUCCUGAUUAAGUUGACAUCCAGUACAAGUGUUAGUGUACAGUUAUGGACAAAAGUUUGCUCCCUGUGGUGAAAAUGAGUCACGGAAUGAGUCUUUAAACUGACUUACCCUGACUAUCAUCUGGUGUGAGUAUUAUUUUAUCUCAUUUGGGGUCGAUACCGCCUCAGUUUGGGAGAGAACGAACUUUUGACCCCAACUGUACAAGGAUGAGGAAGCCCGAUCAUCCACCGUGGAUAAGAAUUCAACCAUCAGCGAUUCUCUAGCGAGGUGUAUGUGCUACCAACGGAGAUACACGCUAAGGUGAUGGUGAUUAGUGUCCUCCACCAUGAGAAAUCUCUAAUGAAUGAUUACAAGUGUUUGGAGAUAAUGGAAUGUAAUAAGGAUGACCAAGCUCAGAGAACACAUAAAAUGAAGGAUUAUCUUCUCGAGACUCUUGGAAUGAAUUCUUUUGGAUAUGUAUCAAGCAGAUACUGAUAUAAAAUGGUGCCUUUUUCCCAGGAGAUGUUAAACCAUUGGUACAGUUCAGGACAGCACUAUUCGUGUCUUAUCUUUAUUGCUCUCAGUCUUGUGUGAGGUAGAUCCGGGGGUUAUGGUCGCCACAUGGAUGGGAGGAGAAAGAGAGGAGAGAGAUGGACGAGAAGUGUGUGGAAAGAAACGGGGACGAUUGACGACAAGGAUUUAUACCCACAUAAUUAUACUUGAUCACAUGAGGUGGUCCAGGGGAGAAGCAGACGAGCAAAAACCUUAAAAAUGCCAGAAAACGCGGCGAUGGCAAAGUAACACGUUCUCAAGCCUCUAAAUUGCUUCUCUCGUUCUCCCCCAGAUUGACUCGUAUCCUUAACUAGCAAAUACAGUCUAGAGGCAUCCACAGUGACUCGCAAACCUUCUUAUCAUAUCACUUAACUCUUUGUGUACAGGGUUUCUCUGUCGAAUAAAAUCACGUGGUGGUAGCAAAAUAAAUUAUCUAAAGUGACAUCCGUAGUGAAGGGGUUAAAUUUCAGUAAUACUAGUGUAACUGUUAACCUGUGAUAACAUGAAACACUCCCACACAUGUACUAUCUACUUGUUUUCAGGAAGCAGAACAAAAUGCACACAAUUAUUUUUUUAGAAAUGGUCUACAUUUAUGAACCAAGAAAUGUACAAAUGCUGCUGUAAAAUAACAUUGCUUCCAUAUCUUAUACUAAACAAAAUGCAAAACACUUGUCGUACAGAACAAUAGAGGUGUACCACUAUAUAUACAGUACAGUCUCUUAAUGCCUGAAUUAUAUAAAUAAAACUUGACUUUUAUUUA